CUAAUCCGUUCUUAGAGGAUAGAGGCUUAGAGGGACCUCAGGUUAGGUUGGCCACUAGUAUUGCCUCAGAGAGGAUCCUCCAAACAACCAAGACCUUCUAUUCAUGUACAGUUUUGAUUCCUGCCUUAUUCUAACUCACCUUCAUGUCUGCGGCUCCUUCUCUGGCACUGACCACUCUCUUCCGGUCAAAUCUCCAGGAUUAAUUUAAGGAGCUAAUCAUUUCCACACAAUUUGGAGGCCAUUUUAAUAGCUGUUAUAGGCUUAGGCUAGACAACGCAUUGUUGUCGGAGACCUGUGAGGUUGCCUUUUUUUAUCUAUUUAUUUAUUUGUUUAUUUACUUUUUAUUUGAACCUGCAGACUCCUCAAGAUGAAGGACCGACUGGCGCAGCUGAAGGAGAAGAGUGAUGGUGGAGGUGAUGACAUUGAGGUUCCUGUGGAAAAUGAGGGUUUUAUGGAUGAUUUCUUUACUCAGAUUGAAGAUAUCCGUAUGAGCAUUGACAAGAUAGACGAGAGCGUAACAGAAAUCAAAAAACUCUACUCCACCAUCUUGUCGGCCCCCACAUCUGACCAGAAAACACAAGAUGAUGUUGAAGCCCUCACCAAUGAGAUCAAGAAAUCAGCCAAUAACGCAAGAAACAAACUUAAGAGUAUUGAGCGCCAGCUUGAGUCCAACACAGAUGAGAGGACCUCAGCCGACCUCAGGAUACGCAAAUCACAGCAUGCUAUCCUGGCCAAGAAGUUUGUAGAGGUGAUGACAAAAUACAACGAGGCUCAAGUGGACUUCAGAGAUAAGAGCAAAGGACGAAUUGCCCGACAACUGGAAAUCACGGGAAAAGCAACGACUGACGAGGAACUGGACGAGAUGCUGGAGGGAGGUAACUCGGCUGUCUUCACUGCUGGGAUCAUGGACUCUAAGAUCAACCAGCAGGCCCUGAAUGAGAUCGAGGCUCGUCACAAAGACAUUAUGAGGCUGGAAAGUAGCAUCAAAGAGCUCCAUGACAUGUUUGUUGAUAUUGCCAUGCUGGUUGAGAAUCAGGGUGGCAUGAUUGACAGAAUUGAGAGCAACAUGGAUCAGUCAGUGGGCUUUGUAGAGAGGGCAGUGGCCGACACCAAAAAGGCAGCCAAAUUCCAGCAGGAGGCGCGCAGGAAACAAAUGAUGAUCUUCUGCUGCUGUGUGAUUUUGGCCUUGGUACUCGGUUCAUUUGUCUACAGCUUCUUCAAAUAGAAAACCAGAAUGAGGCCACCCCUCAGCUAAGUCCACACAGUACAGGAUGAGGCAGAACAGAGCUGCUCGCCGACGGUCACAAAAUAGAGCCUGGGCUCUGUUUACUGUCAUUUCAACUAAUUCAAGAUAGACACCAAAGCUGCAAAUAUUUGCAUUUGUUCUCAUUUAUUUCUGAAUAUGUUCUAACAACUUUUUUGUUAACCUUCUCUGGGUGCCCCACAUUUAAAUUCAGUUUCAAUUCAGUGUCUGGAUAUUUCAAGUUAUAGGCAUGGACUAUCUGGUCUAAGAAGAGAACUUAAUAUUACUCCAAGGCAUUUCGUUUAUUUAAGCAUUCAUGGUCAGCUGCAGAACUUACUGAGAGCCAUAUGAUGUUAGGGUUAAACAAAGCAUUACUUAAAUAACAUAUUAGAUACACCUUUCAAUGCCUACAUUGCAUUGCAUCCAAUACCCCACCACAAAAUAACCCCAGAAACACCAUAGUUAAACCACCAGACCAAUAGUCCCAACAAAAACCUGAACAUCAUUGUGUUGAUAAAUAUAAGAUGUAUUGUCGAGCUGUCACUAAUGCAGUUGUAAUCAGAAUACCUUACAAAAUGU